UUAUAUUGAUGAUGAUGGCGAGUGAUCAAGUAAAUAACACGUGCAAGUGUCUUGUUUGUUUGGGUAUUAAAAAAACAAUUAACGAUAUAUAUAGUGUCCUCAAAAUUUAUGGCUGGAUUCUAGACUCUUAUAUAAUAGAUUUUUAUCAUGGCAAAUUAUGGUCAAAAUUGCCAAACUCUUGGACUAAAAUUCUUGAUGAUAUAUCACCAGAAGAAUUUGGAUCAUGGAUAAUUAAUGAUUUUAAAAUUAAAAAUCAUGUAUUGCCACUUUCAUUAUUAUCACUUGGAAAAUUGCUAAAAUUAUUAACAAUAAAUCGUGAUGAAAAAACCAACACUGCAAUUUCAUGCAGUAAUAAUAAAAAAAUAAUUAACAAUAAAUUAAAUUGCAAUGAUUAUGAAAAAUAUAUUAUUGAUAAUAACAAUAAAAUAUUAAAAUUAAAAAAUUUAUUUAAUAAAAAUGUUAAAGAAAAAAAACGUUAUGAAAUCGAAAAUUUUUCGAAAUAUUGUUCAUACAUAUCAUAUGUUAGUAAUUGUAAUGCAAUUAUUGAUAUUGGUGCUGGUAUUGGACAUUUAUCACGUAAAUUAUCAUAUAAAUAUAAUAAAAAAAUGAUUUGUAUUGAAAAAGAAAAAUCAUUAUCUGAUUCAGCUCAAAAAUAUGAUGAUAAUUUUAUAAAUAUAUUAAAAAAAUCAUUUAAAAAAAUUUGUGGUCAAAGACCAUAUCAUUAUUGCACAAAAAUUGUUGAUGAAAGUUAUGAAGGAAGUGAAUUGUCAGAUAAAUUUAAUGAUAUAUUAAUCAAAAAUUUUUUAUUUAAUGAAGAUGAAUAUACUAAUGAGUUUGGUUUGAUUGGUUUACAUCCUUGCGGUGAUUUAGCUGUAAGAUUAUUAAAAUUUUUUAUAAAACAAAAUAAUGCAAAAUUUAUUUGUGUUGUUGGAUGUUGUUACAUGAAAUUAACCACAGGUAAAAAUGAAGCUAAAAUUGGCUAUCCAUUGAGUAAAUUUGUGAGAGAUAAAUCUGAUAAUUCAUUGAGUUAUGAAGCCCUGGAAGUUGCUUGCCAUGCUGUUGAAAAUUAUUGUGAUAAAUUAAAAAAUUGUCAGUAUGAUGAUUUAAUUGUGCAUGCAUAUCGUGCAGCUUUGGAAGAUAUUUAUGUACGUAAAGGUGAUGGAAUAAAACAUGGAUAUAUUGGAAGUGUAAAAGUGAAAAAUCAAAUGUCAUUUAAUGAAUACUGCAAGCUGGCUACAAUGCCACUUGAAAAAGAAAGACAAUUAACUGAAGACGAAAUUGAUAAUAAAAUUGUUAAUAAAAAUAUUAACGAAUGGAAAAAAGUUGUUAUAUUUGAAGGGCUACGUAUGAUGCUUGCUCCACUUGUUGAAACACUUGUACUUUUUGAUAGAUUUUUAUUUCUUUCUGAGCAUAAUAUUGCACCACAAUUAAAAGCAAUAUUUGAUCCAAGAAUAUCAUCAAGAAAUUUUGUAAUAACUGCUAUA